GCAAUCUUAGUGUUUACUUUUCAUUGCGUGCGAAAAUCUUGUUACUCUUGAUAUUUACAUGGGCAACUGAAUAGAGAUACAUCACCUUAAAGCCGUUCUAUAGUUGGGAUCAUUUUGUAAAAGACAUCUUCAUAGCUGAACUUAUUUGGGAUGGAUAACUCAUAAUCUCAAAGUAAGGAUUUAUUUCAGAAAACUGGCCAAGAUAGGGAUUUUAAGACGAUUUUUCUUAUAUAUAAACAAAUCACGGGUAUUUGCUUGAUCAUACCUGCUUGCUUAACUUGGUUACUUGUACCGCGUGUUGUCUACAAAUCUACCUUAUCGUUCUUGUUUAAGACAAAAAAAGUUGAGAAUUCUGAAGGACCAAUAAUGGAUUAGGUACCCUCAAACAUACUACUGAUAAAAUAUUAUGCAAAAGAAAUGCUUUGUGAUAUUAACUGUGGAUUAGGUGGCCAAAUUUGUACUUGAGGAGCAAGUAUACUUGAAAGAAAAUUCAAUCAUUGAUGGCCCUUAAGAAGUAUGCAGAAUUAAAUCCUGAAGAAGUUUAUUUGAUGGCAUAAUGUUAGCUAAGAUCAUAUUCUGCUCUGCUGUUUCUCUGGCCACAAUGGCAGUUCUGCUAUUAGCGCUGCUUUCACCAGUUCCUUACAAAGACCAUGAGAGUGAUUUACAGAAGCCAUUGGUUGCGUUGUCUUUGUACAUCCAGCAACCAACAACUUUGAAUCGUAACAUGCACCGUGAUGUCGAGCCUUCUACAGGGGUGUUGACCUUCCAUCGGAUGCUCACGGAGGGACCUGAAAGCACGUCGCCAAUUGUAGGAAAAGCACAAGGUUUUAUCAUACCUGUGGAGCAUUUCGCUCAUUCAGCCUUCAAUGUAAUAUAUCUGACAUUCAGCACACCUGAAUAUUCAGGGAGCUUGAGUAUUCAAGCUAAACAAUUGGAACAUAAGAAGAGAGAAGAGCUUAAGGUGGUUGGUGGUACAGGCUCUUUUGCCUUUGCUCGUGGCAUUGCUGUUUUCACAGAGGCCGAUCAGGAUACUUCUGGUGUUGAUGCUCCCAUUUAUCAAGUAGACUUACAGCUAACCUUUCCAAGUCAAUCGCAGUCUAUACAGGUAUGAAGGGUCUAUUGAUUAGAUAGGACAGAUUUUUCACUAUAAUUCUGGGAAUAUUAUAUUUAUGUCACGCCUAUCUUAGCAGAAAUUGUAUAAUAUUUGCCUUGUAAUUUUGUCACUAUCCAAUAAAAGGCUUUAAAUUUUGCUUUCUUUCCUUUUUAAAAAGCUAAUAUGCUAAGAGACUCCGCAGUUAAACGUGUUUAGUUGGGAAUAAUUUUAGGGUGAGUGACCUCCUAAAAGGUUGCUCAAAUGCGUAUGAGUAAGGACAAAAUGCGCUGAAAAAAACUUGCAUUAAUAUGU